GUAAACGCCGCCCCCACACCAAUCUCGUUUGAUUGUUUAAAGGGGACCAACUCCCAAAGGGACCGAUUGCCAACAACUCCACCAUCUGCUCUGCUUUAUUUGUUUAUAAGGGUACCACUUUCUCUCUCGCCCUCACUCAAGUCCCCUCCCAAUCUCUCUCUCUUUCUCUCUCUAACUGUUCGCCGAGUAGCAGAGAUGAGUUACAACGCUCCUCCUCCAGCCUACCCACCACCGGGACAAGGCUACCCACCACCGGGACAGGGCUACCCUCCACCGGCACCGCCCGCAGGGUACCCUCCCAUGGGCUACCCUCCUCAAGACGCUGGCGCCUACCCUCCUCCCCCUCCCCCCGCCCCUGAGACCAAAUCCAGGGGAGACGGAUUCUUGAAGGGAUGUUGUGCUGCCUUAUGUUGCUGCUGUCUCCUUGAUGCCUGCUUUUGAACUUCCCCUUGAUUUUACUUGUGUAUCAUUUUACUAUGUACGGUUUCUUUAUCUGGCUUACAUUUUUCAUUCACAUGUAAUAAAACAUAUUCGCCUUUUCGUGGUUC